AUGCCACCGAGACUCAAUUGCUCCGCCGGGAGCGGCCUCGGUCGAGCUCUUCAAAGGGCGACAACUGCGCAGAGAUCAGCAACCGUCCUUCCCCAGAGCGCAAAGGUCAUACUCUCGAGGCAAUAUGCCAGUGCCGCUGUGCCUCCGAUACCUCUCGGGUCGUUGAGGCUACCCGAUGACUACAUACCGCCUACACAACCGCCCAGUGCCCGACGACCCGAUCAGCGAAAGGCCCAGCUUCUUCGAUCGUACACAGCCCUACUCCGAUCUACGCCCCUGAUGCUCUUCUUCCAACACAACAACCUUACAGCCGUAGAAUGGUCUGCUAUACGGCGGGAGCUACGCGCAGCAUUGGCCGCCGUGCCAGCACCUAUCGUAGGCCCCGACGGAGGAGUGCCGGUGGACAUCUCAUCCAGCAUCGAGCUGCAGGUGUUGCGGACGCGCAUCUUCAACGUGGCCUUCAAGAUUGUCGAGUUCUUCGAUGGCGAGGCCCAGACCGGGAAGUCGAACGCAUACACGCAUGACUUGUCUGGUACAGCCUACAAGGCCAUCACUGAAGCUACGAUCGACGAGACAACGACGUAUGGGCAGAUCAAUCCUUUGCUCGUUGGACCAGUAGCUGCCGUCACGUUCCCAUCCGUGUCGCCGGCACAUCUAGCAGCCGUGCUCAAGAUUCUGGCACCCUCGGCACCGGCGUUUCCAGCUCCGACGAGGAGGAAGAACCCCGGAUACUAUGACGCCUCCGCACAGAGCGGCCUUCAGAAGCUGAUCCUGGUGGGAGGCCGGGUGGAAGACAAGGUGUUCGACCACGCCGGCGUCAAGUGGGUUGGAUGCAUCGAGGGAGGCUUGGAGGGAUUGAGAGCACAGCUGGUGGCCAUGCUGCAGAGUGCCGGCCUCGGUCUCUCGACGGCUUUGGAAGGUCACAGCAAGGGUCUGUACCUAGCUCUGGAGAGCAGAAGGACACAAAUGGAGGAAGAGGCGGAUGGCGGCAAGAAAGAGGCUGGAGCAGGAGCAGAAGAGACGAGUGCCUAG